AUUGAAUUAACGAAUAUUUAGUGGAAUCCUAUUAAAUUUCCCCGUCGAGGCAACAAGGACGCGAUGAGGACCAGAGGUGAGUGCUGAGGAUGUGAAAGUGAUCUUUGAGUCAAAGGUGGUGAUGAUGUUCUACUGGAAAUGUGUAAUGAUGAUGAAGCAGUGAUGAAGAUGAUGGAGUUAAAUAUGUAGGAAAUUGUUUGUAUUUGUUAAAUGUCAUUUGAUUGAAUUAACAUCAAGCUGUGGAAUGUUUAUAGUGUUUAGUGCAGAAGGACACAUUUCUCUGGUUUAAUUAGAGUAUUUUGUUUGGUGGCCGUACAGAGUUCCUACAGACGAGCAGUCGGAGCUGAUGUUGUGAAGAGACCAUUAAUAAUAAAAUAUGAGCCCACGUCAUGAUGUGACGGUAGUUACAAGUCAACCACAUAGAGACAUAUAUGGCUUCAUUUUAACAAUCUUUGAAGUAAUUGGUUGUUGCUUUGAAGGGAAGUAAAAAGUUCUCCACUCGUUUCAUCAUCAUACUUUCAUUCUGCAGAAUGAAGUCGUGCGUCGAGCUUCUCUUUGUUUCUCUGCUGACAUUAUGUGAAGCACAAGGAACCAUUGUGACUCCUGUGUUUGUGCUGAAGGGACGUGAUCUGCUCCUCAAGCUUCAUGCUGAUCCUCCUGAGAAGUUUUUACUUGUUGACUGGAAAAUCAAUGAAACAGUCACUUUAGUAACAAUUGAUCAUAGUGGACAAUCAAAAGUCCAUGACAAUUUCACUGGACGGCUUGAGUUUGAAAAAUUCUCUGUGAGAUUGAAGAAUGUACAAGAGGUCGACAGUGGACUUUAUUCUGCUGUAGCAGUAACAGGUGUAAACAAACUACUGACUGAAUACAAGGUCACAGUUCAAGGACCAGUGUCUCCAGUUGAACUGAUCGUGGACGGAGUGGACAACAGCUCAGCGUCAUGUGACCUCCAUGUGACCUGCAGGACUCACAACGCUCACAUCAGCAGCACUUUCAGAUGUGUCGACCGGUUCUGCAGUCAGGAGGGAGGAGAGCGACCAGAGGUCACGACCUCUGGGGCUUCUCUCCAGAUCUACCUGUUGAACAGCACCAUCAUCUGUAACCAUAGCAACCAGGUUCACUGGAUCCAGGACUUUAAUACUGCUGAACAACAUUGCUACCCAAGUACUGAUCCUCUCCUUGUCUGGGUGAUUGUUAGUUGCACUGCUGCUCUCACUCUCAUCCUAAUUGUGGUUCUAUCCGUCUGGCUUUGUAUUGAUCGAAGGAGAAGAAUCUGUUCAAGAAGGAGCAUCGAUAAUGUAAUUUAUGAAGCUGCUCAGGACGAAACAUCUGCACCUCAGAACCCAACAAACGACGUCACCUACAGCUCGGACGAAACAUCUGCACCUCAGAACCCAACAAACGACGUCACCUACAGCUCGGACGAAACAUCAGCACCUCAGAACCCAACAAACGACGUCACCUACAGCUCGGACGAAACAUCUGCACCUCAGAACCCAACAAACGACGUCACCUACAGCUCGGACGAAACAUCAGCACCUCAGAACCCAACAAACGACGUCACCUACAGCUCGGUGAAGUUUCACGCUCGAUCUCCUCAGGCAGCCGCGGCGACACGCAGGAAUCAGUCAGAGAGCCUCUACGCUGAGGUGAAGAAACCCGGCAGGUCCUUCAACGAUUAAAGAGGAAUGUUUCCCCAAAUCCUGGAAUUCUGCUGGUAGUUUGCAGAGUUAUUGAAGCUUUCUGUGUUUUAGUUCAUGUGAUCUGCUUUAAUGCUGAAAAAUUCUCAUCCACACAAACGUGUCAUUGGAGAGAUUAAAAAUCAUUAAAUGUUACUAAACAUCACACACAUUUAAAAGUACCUUUUUUUAGCAUCACAAUUCAAGGUCUUAGUAAUUAGAUAUUUUACAUUUAAGAUCAAUGUAGAAAAAGUAAUAAAUAUGUUGUUGUCCUGCAGGAAGCUUCAGCUUUGGUUCCUGGUUUGAUUCUUCAUGUCACUUUU